GAGUGGCAAUACGAGUUAUAUAUGAGUUAGUGCUUUCACUCACACGUUAUGUGUUAUUGAGUCCUUUUCGAGACCAUUAUUUAUCUACUGCAGAACAACUUUUGUCCGUUUGAAAAAUGCUUGUUCGUCGAAUUCUGAUACUAUCACAUAACAUGAGUUUUAUUUCAGUAGUUUUGUUCCAUAUUUAUCUUCAAUAUUAACAGAUAUUUCGGCUUAACUAAUCCAGGUAGCAACUAGAAUCCUUCAAAUUCAGUUUUUCAUGAGAAUGUACGUACCUAACUAUUGGUCGUUUACUAAAUACAGAUCGGUGCAACUGUGGAGUAAACUUUCACUAUAUACUCGAUGAUUUUCUCUUAAGCGACCAUAAAAAGAAAAAUGAUAUAUUGAUGGUGGAAGAAUUCUAUUUUAAUCGCUGUACCACAGCUGUCUCGUUUAAUAACAUUAGCCUAUGAAAAGUUAGUCUGCGCUAUUUAAAAAGGACAGUGGUAUUUUUCCUCGCUGAGUAAAUUUGUUUGUUUUGAUCGUUUAUCACAUAUCAAGACUACCGUUUUCACUUUAAUUGAACUUAUUUCAGUUAAAGUAUUCGACCAGAGUAUCGUUUUUACUGUUCUCUCAAUUAGUUUUGUCGUUGGUACUCUCGAGUACCUGUUUUUCAACUGUAUCUGUUAGUACUUUUGGUCGUAGCAAUCUACAGCUCUUCACUUUUUUUGGUCAUUGAUAAUUUUUUUGUCUCUGGGUAUCAUCGCAUAUUGAAAAACCCCUCCUAAAUGACCGGACAGUGUAAAAAAAGCAGUUGUCAACGUCCGGGUUGUCGUUAUCCCGUUGAAAGCGGCAUGCAGUGCGACGAGUGCAAAGGCUGGUACCACGAAGUUUGCACGAACUUAACGCCUGCUGCUUUCAAACGGUUCAGUAAGAAGGGUUGUGUAUGGCUUUGUCAACAGUGCUGCUCGGAUGCAAACAGCUUGUUAACCGAGGCCAUCUCACUGAUUGAUGCUGCAAAGAAGUGUUUUAGUAAGCAUAGUCGGAACACGUCAAACAGCACUCGAUCUGUCGACACACAGGGUCGUUUACCGAAAGACUGGAAAAACGCCAUAGUAAGUCCUGUCGUCAAAACAGGUACGAAACACAAACCUGAGAACUACUGCCCUGUUAGCCUAACUAGUGUGGUUGUUAAAAUCUUAGAAAAGAUUAUUCGGAAGGAGCUGUUUAAGUAUCUCUAUAAAAACCGGAUCCUCUCGGAGAAGCAGCACGGCUUCAGAAUAGGUUAUUCUUGUCUCACUAAUUUAUUAGUGGCUCGUGAAAGCUGGUGUGCUCUUAAGGACCAAAAGCUACCUGUAGACGUCGCCUUCAUUGAUUUCAGUAAAGCUUUUGAUAAAGUUCCGCACAACCGGCUGUUAUAUAAGUUAAGACAUGUCGGGAUUGGAGGCAAUUUAUUGAUGUGGAUAAAAGACUUCUUAGUUGGGCGUCAACAAAUAGUAAGGGUGAACUCAAAGUUAUCUAGCUGGGAAACUGUGCUUAGUGGAUUGCCCCAGAGUACAGUUUUGGGGCCAGUGCUAUUCUUCUUGUAUGUAAAUGACCUUCCAUGUCUCCUAUCAUCAUCGGUCUUGCUAUAUGCCGACGAUGUCAAGAUAUGGAGAACGAUAGGAUGUAAGAGUGAUAGCUUAGAACUUCAAAAUGACCUAAAGAAAUUAUCUGAAUGGUCUCAAACAUGGCAGUUGCCGAUAAAUACUUCCAAGUGUGUUGUGAUGCAUAUCGGUCAUCAAGGCACAGAUACAUACACGAUGAAUAACUCUGAGCUACCUAUCGUCCAGACAUAUAAUGACUUAGGAGUUAUCGUUAGUCAAGACUUAAAGACUACUGUACACUGCCGUGCAAUAGCCGCCAAAGGUUUUAGAACCUUAUGGUCAAUACGUAGAGCUUUUAGUCAUGUCGACGCUAAAACGUUUUUGACUUUGUAUACAGUGUUCGUUCGUCCUAAACUUGAGUACUGCAUACAAGCGGCUAGCCCCUGCUUAAAAAAACAGUGAGCUUCUGGAAAAGAUUCAGAGAACGGCGACUAAGCUGGUUCCCGGAAUAGCGAAGCUUCCGUAUGAAUCUCGACUGGCCAAGCUGAACCUUUUCCCGUUGUCAUAUCGCAGAACUAGAGGCGACUUGAUUACAGUUUUCAAAUUGCUUAGUGCCAAAUUUGCACCUGAUAUGCCCUCAUUUUUUGUCUUCCAAAAUAGAGAAUUUACGAGGACACUCCAAAAAAGUUCACAAGCCGAGAACAAAUUACUUGUCAGCUGACCAUCGACUUUCCCAUCGAAUCAUCAACGAGUGGAAUUCACUACCUCAGCACGUGGUUGAGACUCCAUCCGUCGACUCUUUCAAGAGAAAGUUUGAUCAACUGAGAGACCACCAUUGCCAGGACUAACAUAGGCCAUCGAGCCUCCUGUCCUUCCCAAACUGAAACUGAAACUGAAGAAGCAUGAAGUAUGUUUUUGCAGUUUUAGAGCAGGACGUUUAUUUAUAAAUCACUUACUUCAAACAAAAUCGGCAACAUUACAAACUGGGACCUUCAAUAUUCAGUCUUUUUGUCACGAGCUUGUAUAAACCGACUGAUGUUCUUGCUCCCACUACUAAUUGUUUUAGUAUAAUUACAUUUGUCUGUUGAUGCUCAGUCGAUGAUUGUCCAGCCGCUUAACCGCACUAGUUAUUGUUGGUUUGGUCGUUGUUUAUGGGUUUGUACACCUAUUAACUCAAGUGACUGUGUUCGUCCCAGGAUAGUAGGGUUCCUGGCACGAGCAGCUACUACUUCACCGAGCAGGAGGUUAGUUGGUUGUAUUAUAAAGAUUAAUAAAGUGAAGAUUUAUGUGCUAAGGGAAGAUAAUUGCCCUGAGAAAUAAUUUACCAAGUAAUUUGGUCAGUCGGUAAUGCACACAGUGUGAGAAGACCAAAGUGU